AUGAAGUUCACUAUUGUCUUCGGGGUCGCUGCUCUUUUCAUGGCCCCUUCUGCUGUGGCUUGGAAGCUUCCUAAUCUCAACAAAGUCGACAUUGCUGCCACCCCAACUGAGCAGUCAGCUCCUUCAGGUGCUACUCCCGCUGGUGGAUUUGAUGGUUUCCCCGGCGGAGGAUACCCAUCAGGGUUCCCUUCCGGCACCGGAUUCCCAUCUGGACUCCCUUCUGGAUCUCCCUCUGGUCACCACCAUCACCACGGUCAUGGAGGACCUCACCCUACCGGUGCUCCAAGCGGCAUGCCUUCUGGCUUCCCCGAGGGCCCCAGUCCCACUGGUGGAUUCCAAGGUGGUGAGGCUGGUGGUGAGGGUUCCUUCACCAUUCUUCCAUCGGCAACCCCUACCCCUGGUGCUGUGGAGGGAGAGGAGCAGGAAGACUUCCGCCGCCUUCAUGCUCGCCAGAUUCGUCCUGUGGUGUUCUAG